UGGGGGCGGGACGACGUGUCGACCACGCAUGCGCAUCUUGGCAGUUGCAAUGGCGCUGCCGUGUUCCCUGAACAGGUAUCUGCUGCUCCUGGCACAGGAGCACCUGGAAUUCCGCCUGCCGGAAAUAAAAUCUUUGCUUUCACUCUUUGGAGGUCAGUUCACCAAUAGUCAGGAAACUUACGGAAAGUCUCCUUUUUGGAUUCUUAGUAUUCCCUCUGAAGAUAUUGCCAGAAACUUAAUGAAACGGACAGUGUGUGCCAAGUCCAUAUUUGAACUAUGGGGUCAUGGAAAAUCUCCAGAAGAGCUGUAUAGUUCUCUUAAAAACUACCCUGUGGAGAAGAUGGUUCCAUUUCUACAUUCAGGUUCUACAUAUAAAAUAAAGAUUCACACAUUUAAUAAAACAUUGACACAAGAAGAAAAAGUGAAACGAAUAGAUGCUCUUGAGUUCCUGCCAUUUGAAGGAAAGGUGAAUUUAAAGAAUCCGCAGCAUAUCUUCUCCGUUUUGGAGGAUUACGGUUUGGACCCAAACUGCAUUCCUGAGAAUCCACAUAAUAUUUAUUUUGGUAGAUGGAUUGCAGAUGGACAAAGAGAACUUAUUGAGUCAUACAGUGUCAAAAAGAGACACUUUAUUGGAAAUACAAGCAUGGAUGCUGGUUUAUCAUUCAUCAUGGCCAACCAUGGGAAAGUGAAAGAAAAUGAUAUUGUCUUUGAUCCAUUUGUUGGAACAGGUGGCCUUCUGGUGGCAUCUGCUCAUUUUGGUGCGUAUGUGUGUGGGACAGACAUAGACUACAACACGGUCCACGGCUUGGGAAAGGCUAGUAGGAAAAACCAGAAAUGGAGAGGACCGGAUGAAAACAUUAGGGCCAAUCUUCGUCAGUAUGGUUUAGAGAAGUAUUACCUUGAUGUCCUGGUUUCAGAUGCAUCUAAACCUUCUUGGAGGAAGGGCACAUAUUUUGAUGCAAUUAUCACUGAUCCUCCGUAUGGGAUCAGAGAAUCUACCAGAAGGACAGGUUCACAGAGGGAAACACCAAAGGGGAUAGAAAAGUGUCCAGAAAGCCACGUUCCUGUUUCCUUGAGUUACCAUCUGAGUGAUAUGUUUUUUGACCUGUUAAACUUUGCAGCUGAGACCCUCAUAUUAGGUGGAAGACUAGUCUAUUGGUUACCAGUGUACACACCAGAAUACACUGUUGACAUGGUGCCCUGGCAUCCUUGCCUGAAGCUUAUUAGCAACUGUGAACAGAAGCUUUCCAGUCACACAUCAAGGCGCUUGAUAACAAUGGAAAAAGUGAAGAAAUUUGAGAACCGGGACCAGUACUCACAUCUGCUGAGUGGUCAGUGUCUGCCAUACCAAGGCCAUAACUCCUUUCGUGAGAGGUAUUUCAGUGGGCUCACAAAAAGAAUUGCCAAGGAAGAAAAAUCUGUCCAGGAGUGAAAGUGAACAUUCUGACAAUGGAGAAAGAAUAAAGAUUUGAUGGAAAAGA